UUUUUAUUCAUAUAUACUGAUUUUAUUAAUACCUUCACCUCAUGUGACAUCUGUCAGGUUUACUUCCUCUAAAUAUUUACAGUACAUAUGAUCACAUCGACACAGUUUCAUUUCUCAUGUCAGUUUUGACUGAAGCAGCAGCAGCCGUCUGGAUCAUGGCGCCGGUGGAGACGAGGCGCUCGCUGCUGCCUGUGCUGCUCAGCCUGAUUCUGCUGCAGCUGGUCGUCACGGCAACACAGGAAGGAGCCUGGCACGACCACACACAUGGCCGCCCAGGCUCAGAGCUGCACGACCAAACGUCCUGCUGCUCCUGGAAACGCCUCGUGUUCACGCUGCAGUGGCCUGGAGGGUUCUGUCAGUCUUUGGACAACGAGACUCUGUGCAGGAUUCCUCCGAGCGCCAACAACUGGACCAUCCACGGCCUGUGGCCUCUCCGGGCGCAGCACUGCUGCAGCUGCUGGCCCAUGUUCCACUCGGACGUCCAGGAGCUGGAGGCGGAGCUGGCCGAACACUGGCCGUCCUUCGUGACGACCAAAACCAGCUUCAACUUCUGGACGGACGAGUGGAGGAAACACGGAGUGUGUGCAGCGUGUGUUGAGGGAAUGAACUCGCCGCAGAAAUACUUCCAGAUCUGCCUCAAACUACGAGGACGCUUCGAUGUUCACAAAAUGCUGGAGGACGCCGGCAUCACCCCGUCAUGUGAGCGACCCUACAAGGUUCCUGAGGUUCACAGCGUUCUGGCUCCACAUCUGGGCAACAAACACGAGAUCCAGUGUGUGACAGACGACAAGGACCGCGAGGUGUGGUUCCAGGUGAAGAUCCCUCUGACUCGCAACCUGACUGUCGGCUGCGAUCACCGCGGCGGCGGCGACAUCGACGGGGAUCCGGCGGCCGGCUCCAUUCCGGGACGGAGCUUCUCUCCCGGGCACCCCUGCCCUCCUCAGGUCCCGUUCUACUACUUCCCCAUAGACCACCAGCGGCCGCGGCGGCCCUGCGGCUGACGCAGAGCGACCUCGGCGGCGUCCACAGUUGGACACAGAAUGACCGCGACGUUCACGUUCACAUCCUGCUUCUGAAGCACAGAUUAAAUGUCAAACUUUUGUUUUGUUUGGUUGUUUGAUUCUCAACAUCAUCACCAUGAACACACAGGAAAUAAAAAUGAAUACAAAUACA